GUUCCACAGAAAAAGAAGAAGAAGAAGUAAGAGAGAAAUAGAGUGAGAGAGAGGGUUUCGUGAAGAAAGAAGGCUGUAAAGAAGAGUAACAGGAGUUAGAAGGGCGGGUGAAGGGGAUGCAGCUCGAAAGGGUGGCGGCAUGGAGGAGCCCUCGCUGGAGGCUCUCAUGCAGGCAAGCCUCAUCUUCGUGGUCUGUGUCGCCAUCAUCCUCUCGAAUCUCCUCGUCAUCGUCACAUACCUCAAUUUCCGUGGUCCCUCCGAGGUGAUAAAUUACUAUUUGCUGUCACUGGCUUCUGCGGACCUUCUUUGUGGUCUGUUGGUGGUUCCGCUUUCGGUAUAUCCGGCAUUGGUGAGAAAAUGGGUCUACGGAGACAUCGUAUGUCGUCUCGUAGGAUACCUCGAAGUUACCCUAUGGGCGGUAUCCGUUUAUACUUUUAUGUGGAUUUCUGUCGAUCGUUACCUAGCCGUCAGGAAACCAUUGAGAUACGAGACAGUGCAAACGAAAACGCGAUGUCAAUGUUGGAUGGUUUUCACAUGGAUCAGCGUAGCAAUGAUGUGUUGUCCUCCACUUCUUGGCUUCAACAAACCGAUAUUUGAUCGUGAAUCUUUCAUCUGUAUGCUAGAUUGGGGUAACAUGGUAGCAUACACCAUCACCUUGUCAAUCCUAGUGCUCGGACCAUCAGUAAUCACCAUCGUCUAUACCUAUUUCUAUAUAUUCUCGAUGAUGAGACGAUUGAAAUCUGGUGCACUGUUGCACGACAAGGAAUAUGCCACUGCACUUUCAGAAAAUUUGAGCAACCCAAGUCACAUCAUGUCAUUUGUCCUGGUGAUGACUUUCUGGUUAUCAUGGGCACCCUAUGCAGGAAUCAGAUUAUACGCUGUCUUUAGCGGUCCUCCUCAGGUACCGUUUUUACACUUUGCCGUUGUAUGGUUGGGGAUAACAAACAGUUUUUGGAAAGCGGUCAUCCUCGGCGCACUUAGUCCCCAAUUUCGGCUCGCUGCGCGUGUUCUUUGCUUGACGCUGUGCUGUCGACACAGAAGACUUCCACCGGAGCUUCUUGGCCUCGACGACGACGAUUAAUAAUUGAGAAGAAACACGCCUACGCGAGAACGACCAUUUAUUUUUUUUUUUCUACCCUCAUUUUUUUUCUUUUUUAUUUUUUGAAACGAGACGCAGUUCUUAAAAUAUCCAGCUGUUAUUUUACAACCUUCUGGUUUCUAUUUUUAUUUUCUUUUCUUUUUUUUUUUUUUUUUUGGUUUUUCCGUCAAACUUCUAAUUCAAUUGUU